GUCCUUUUCACAUGUUGACGAUUCCCUGCUGAGAGAUUCAAGGGAAGGAAAACACCCACUUUCUGGAAGCGGGGAAAGCGAAACUGAGCAGUUAACUUCCUGGUGGGAGGGAGAUGGCUACCGUUCAGGAUCUGUGCGAGGAAGCCACUUGCUCCAUCUGCCUGGACUAUUUCGAGGAUCCAGUCACUAUUGAAUGUGGGCACAACUUCUGCCGAGCCUGCCUGACCCACUGCUGGGAGGGGUCGGAGGGGGAAGAGGUUUCCUGCCCUCAAUGCAGAGAAAACGUCCGAAGGAGCCUCUUCCCCAAUCGGCAGCUGGCAAACUUUGUGGAAUUGACCAAGAAGCUCCGUCUUCAAGAGGAAAUAAUCACUGAGAGAAAGGGGGGAGCCUGUGGGAAGCACCGGGAGCCCCUGAAGCUCUUCUGCAAGGCUGAUGAAGCCCCCAUCUGUAUGGUGUGUAAAUGGUCAAAGGAGCAUCGAGAGCACCAGGUGCUUCCUCUGGAAGAAGCCGCCCAGGACUACAAGGAUCUCAUCUCCAGCCGCCUGGAGCUUCUGGAGGAGGAGAGAGCCAAAAUUUUAACAUAUAAAGCAAAAACAGAAGAAGAAAGCCAAGAGUUACUUAAAGAGACAAAGGCAGAGAUGGAAAAGACAAAGGAACAAUUCAGAGAACUUCACUCCUUUUUGAAUGAACAAGAGGAGCUUCUUCUGGCCCGACUGGAAGAGGUGGAGAAGGAGAUUGCAAGGAAAAGGGAGGAGCACCUGGCCAGGCUCUCAGGGGAGCUCUCCUCUCUUGGAGGUCUCAUCCGGGAGAUGGAGCAGAAGCGUCAGCAGCCCCCAGGUGAACUCCUGCAGGAUGUCAGAAACCUCUUGCAAAGUCCUAGGAACAAGGAGCCCUUUGAGAAUCCUGUGGCUUUCCUUCGUGAGCUUAGGUGGGAGAUCUGGGAUGUCCGUGGUAGGAAUCUCUUUCUAGCUAAGCAGACGAAGCAGUUCAGAGAUACUGUGUUAUCUGGAUCCCGACUACAGAAAGCAAAUGUCACCCUGGACCCAAAGACAGCACAUCCCAACCUCAUCCUAUCCAAGGAUCACAAAAGUGUGAGAUAUAAAGGCAGAUGGCAAGAUUUACCUGACAAUCCUGAGAGAUUUAACAGUAAACUUUUUGUGUUGGGACAUGAGGGAUUCACCGCAGGCAGACAUUUCUGGGAAGUCACUGUAGGGAGUGAGGGAAAUUGGGCUGUGGGGGUGGCCAGGAAGUCCGUACGUAGAAAAGACCCUGUUGAAUGGAGAACUGAAGAAGGGAUCUGGGCUUUGGGGAGGCUGGUAGGUGGCUACAGGGCCUCCAACCUUUCUGAUGAAAUUGAUCUUCCUUUGAGUGAGAAGUUGAGGAGGAUCCAGGUGUCCCUGAACUAUGAAGAGGAGCAGGUGUCCUUUCAUGAUGCUGAUACAGGAUCCCGUCUCUACACCUUCUCUGGAGCCUCUUUCUCUGGGGAGCCCCUCCUCCCCUUCGUUUUUGUGGAUAGAAAAGCCUCCCUCACAAUCUCCCCUUAAGGCAUUCAAGCUGAUCUUGGAGGGAAAUUGAACCUGGCUACCCUCCUCCCCAGGAAAGAAACUGAAUCAAUAUUUUUUGCAGGGGGGGGCUUUUUCUUCCUCCCUUUCCAGGAGUCCUUUCCUUCCUCUGCCAGUCAGUUCUUAAAGAGACAGUAGCCCUUUUUCCUGCAUGUCAGAAAUCUCCCCUUUGUGUUUUCAGAAGAUACCACACCCACAACUCUUUUUUUGUUUGUUUGUUUCAGUUUUUCUUUUGUUUUGCCACAACUUCCCAGGCCCUAUUGAGAUACACUCUCCUGGACCCUUGGAGGGAGAAAGGAUAUGUUCUUUUUCUCAAGAGCCCCAAGGAGGAGGAAAUUCUUGUAACUGGUUGUAGGAUGUCCCAUUCCAGCCCAGAUCUCGUGAGUUUAAGAGUAGUCAUUCAUGUGGUAUUUCCAUCACACAAAUAUGUUGCGUGUUUUAUCAUGAGUGUGGGGUGAUGUGGGUGUGAAUGGGCUUCCAUGGACUAGGAAAAACAAUGCUAUUCCAGUGGAU